CUCAAGAAACUAAGGAACUCAAGGAAAUAACAAAUACACAGAAAGAAGAACUUAAAGAAAAUAGAACAUAUAUAACAAAAGAGAAAAUCUCGUCAGUAGAAAGAAAUAACAACAUAGAAACAUUUUUAGAACAAAACAACAAUACUUUUACACAUAACGAAGAGGUUAUUAAAGUCAAUACACAUAAUGAAGAGAUAACAAAAACAACAACUCAAAAUGAACCAAGAAAUGAACAAAGAGACUCCACUUUGGAAAGAAAUACAACUUCUAGCUCUAAAAAAUUAGCUAAUAUCAGGCCAGAACAAGAACUCCAUGAAGGUAGUUCUGCUAACAAAGAAGAAAACCCAUACUUGCAAGAUGAUGUGUCUAUCAUAGAUGGUAUAAGCUUACAAGAAAAUGAUAUAACACAAGAUGAACAAAAGGGGUCUUUGUCACCUUCAAUAGAAAUAGACAACAAUAAAAGAAACUCUACACCAAGUAAAGAUAAGGACCUCUUACCUGACCCAAUAUUAGCACUACAUAAUAAACUAGCUACACUGUAUCUUAAUACAGAACUACAGGCAGAAAACAAAAACACAGAAGAAACAUCACCUAUAAUGGAA